AGGAUGUCGUAUUUUCCUCGCAGAAUGAUUCUCAUCGUGUAUUCUCCGCACCCUGUCCAUGAACAAACCACAAGCAAGAUGUCUUUCAUCAUCUCACAAGCUCUCCACAGCGUUCAGUACAACCGAACACUCUUGAAGACCUGCGUCUCUUCCAACAGUCAGAUCUACUCUGAAAACAUUUUCACCAUACCUGACAUGCAGGUAACCAUGACGCCUACAACCACAAUAGCCGCUGAGACCCAACUUCUCUGGAUGGUCGAAUCCGGAUUCACUCAGUCUCGACCUGCCAUCAUGGCAAAAGUGGGAGAUGUGCUUCUAUCGCACGAAGAACUACUUCUUAUUCUUAUGAUCUUGGUCAAAGAAAAAAAGAAAUUUGCCACCCCCAUGGCAGACUCUGAUGCUUGGAAGGAGACACGCGAAGAGGGAUCGGUGCGGACUUACAGUGCCUUCGCUCCCGCACGCACUGCUGACAAGUUAUUCGGGCCUGUGGUAGCAUUGGGGCAUGAGUGGAUUGACAUCAAGUCUGUUGAAUAUUAUGUUUGGGUUAAAUCUGGAGAUCAGCGUAUUGAUGUAACCACUGAUCCUACAGCGCAUGGAACACUAUUUCCGGAUAUUAACAUGGGUGAUGUCACUGAUGCAUUGAACCGUGGUAUGGAUCGUGUGAAGGCCACCAUGAGCCACACCCUUGACACUAUUGAAUCCAAUGUAAAUCACCAGCAUCUUCUCACCCCCAGCACACUCACAUUCAAUUGGGAGCUCAACAAGUCCUUCAUGUCAGUGGCCAUUUAUCAAAUCGCCCACUUCCAUUACUGCGAUUGGUACCGUCGCCAAUUCUCUGGCACAAAGCAUCGUCGUGUGGACAAU